GGGGGAGGGGCCGUGAUGCCUGGGGCGUGGCUAUCUGCGCAGUGAUCUGCGCUUGGCCGGGGGAGAAGUUCCACAGGAACCAAAGGGAAGGCGAGUUGAUACACUUAUAGCUUUCACUCAGACGCGUUUGUACUGGGUUUGUCCCUAAUAAGACACACUAGUUCGUUACACACGGACGCGUUAUGUUUCGCUUACAGACAAGAAUGAAGGACUCCCGGAACCAGAGGAUUGGGAUAAAGAAGAGCGGACACUUGGAGACGAGCGGGAGGCGAGAGAACAAUAACAGACGUUGGUUUCCCUCAGUAUUUCCGGUUACACUCGCCUGGAGAUCGCCGGAAGCGCAACUGUGGCCUGUGGGGCUGAGAACUCUGCACAAAACGUCUCACUUGUUGACUUUACCGACACGGGGCGCAUUUAUGUCGCUUACUGUCUGCCUAUGGGAACAAUAUGGCGCCUUGGACUUCUAAUAUGUGUUACUGUCUCUUCCUGGUCGCUCUGCCUUCAGAAGGACGUGCCGAAUAGUUGGUACCGCCUCUUUGUUCUAUAUAUCCAGUCACUGUCGAUUGCCGUGCGGUAGAACGUACUCACAUCAGAUCUCCGGUGUGUAUUGUUGUGUGACCGACAUAUAACGCUGGUCUGUGAGGCAAUUAUCUGAGGAUCUUUCUAACAAUGUCCGGACUGAUUACUGUAGUUUCCCUGGUUUUGUUUGUUCCCUCAGCCGAGGCGCUCAAGCUUCAGGUGGCCGUUUCUUCAGAACUCCGUCUCUGUGGAUUGACAUGUGAGAGAGACGGCAUUUACACACUGGACAGAGAGCCCCAUGUUGGUAUCUUGGAAUACGCUUGUCGAGACAAAUCGAAGAAUUUCAAUAGAGCGUACGAGAGCAGGACACUCCUGGAUGAAUCCUCUGGCUGCUGCAUUAUUAGAAAUGCCCAAAAAUCUGACACUGGUAACUACUUACUGGAAUUCCACGAAUAUGGAAAAAUAAUGCAGCGGGUCUAUAUCACAACAUGUGUGAUAAUGGACCCAGUCUCUGUGUCCAACAUCUCUACCAACCGCAGCGGAGAAACUGUGAGUGUGAGUGUUUCCUACAGUGGAGAGGAGGCCACAGUUCUGUGGACGUGGAAUGGAGGAGCCCUGCCUGAGAGACAUCAGCUGAGUGACAGUAACAAGACUCUCACUGUACCCAGUACUGACACUGGCACAUUCACUGUCCUUGUCUCCAACCCAGUCAGUCUCACCAGCGCUCACUAUAACCUCACACUCCCAGAGAGAGAACUGCGCUCCCGGACAGAAGAAAAGAACAGGAUCCGUUUCGUAGCACCAGUUGCCUUUGUUUUUGUUGGAUUUUUAUUUAUUUUUUUGCUAUUAAAGGAGAAGGAAUAGCAUUUUCUACUUGAGGGUUCCAAAAUUUAGGCACAUACAAGUCACUACUUUUACUUGGCUCACACCCCGGGCUGGUGCUCCUAUCGGCAGAAACCCACACAAUCUCGGGGUUAUUCCAGCGAACACAAUGGAACGAUCCUCUCCCUGUUAUAUACAACAGCAUUUGCUAUAUAUAUAUUUAUAUAUAUAGAUAGAUAGAUAGAUAGAUAGAUAGAUAGA